ACCUCCACCAGCGGGUAGUUCGGCCAGCAGUUAGCGGGGUGGUGUCGGGCGGCGAGGACCGUUCUAGUUAAUACUCCCACCCGUACGAUUGACUGUGACGUAACAACUGAUAUUGAGAGUCUUCAUGCCCCAUAACACUCCUGGAAUUGGGGUUUUGAUGCCCUGGCAUGGAGCACCCGUAGUCAAACCAGUCACACUCGUGGACAGUCAGAACAACAUCGUAACGGGUGUGAUUGCCUUCGUGCUGAGUAGCAUGGUUCUGGCAUACAUGUUCCUGUGUUGUCACAUCUGGGGUCUCCAUCUUCGGCUCUUCCAACUGCUCAGAUGUACUCCAUCCCAUGAUACCAGCAAUGAAAGAGCUGUGCACCGGAGGUCAAUCUCCCUACCUGUAAAUAUGGUCCACCUGCGUGGUGGUGAUGCCAUGGGUGUGCUUCCUACUGGGGGAACUACAGCACCAUCUGUAACUCCUCCCCCACGCUACUCCGAUGUGGUGGAUCCUCUACCUUCAUACAGCUGUGCUCUCAGACGUGCCGUAACUGUGGUAGGUCAGCCAUUGCACUGUCGCAUCACAGUGUGGGGCAGUAGCGAUGAAAUUCUCAACAACUCUGUGUUUGUCGGAGAUUCCUCGCCCCACCUUGACCAUAACAGCCCAGCUGUGCCCCUACCCUACAUGGCAUGCAAUCAUAUCCCAGUUCACACUCCCACCAGCCUGAGCCUACCUCCCUGUAUGUAUGCCAACUGUGGAUAUGUUAGGAAUUUAAGUGACACUCGUUACCCAGCAUCUGGUCAUAGUACUCAGGGUUCUACUACCUUGGCCACUACCAUCCAUCCCAGUCGAGAGACUCCUCACACUCGCACUCCUGUCAAUAAUAAUGCAACUACUGAAAGCACAAAUGCAGGCAACUCUAAUAUAGUGAGGAUGAUGUCCAAUGGUAGCAGAUAUGAUUCGACGAGGUUCCAAAUACAUAACGAAGACAAGGUGCACCACAGCCAGUCGGGUGAUCGGCCUUUCCAACCGGCUUCCUCUAAGCAACUAAACCGAGAGGAGCAGCAACAGUGUCUGCGGCUGUGGGUGAAAGGUGACGAGCAGAGUCAGGAGCAGUUGGUGUAUGCUCGGAGGACAUCUGGUGACCGCUUUGUAGCCUACUGGACCCCCCCACACUUCGACCCUCACCACGCCCUCCACUUCCAGGUAGUGGUGGAGGGCAGGCCUGUGGACAUGGCGCAUGUUGAGUUACUGGACCUGCACGGCACACGACUCGCCCUCACUCCUCUGACGCUCUUAUCACCUUGUCACUUGUCGUCUUCCCCCAACACUUUGACAGCUACAUCAAAUACUACUUUACCCAAUACUCCAGAGGCUGGUUCUGCUACAACUUGA